CAUUAGGGAUUGAAAUUAUCUCAUGACUGUUGUAAAUAUGUCAAAAACUUUAGAGAUAAGUACCAAAAAGUGAAACGCACUUUGUGAAAUUUUUGUGAAGAUUCGCCGGUCUUCAUCAUCUAAGGCAUGGAAUAUUACGAUUAUAAUUAUCCCAAGGAGCACCCAAGGAAUUUGAUUCCUGAAUUAUGUCGACAAUUCUACGAUUUACAGUGGGUUACUGGAACUGGUGGAGGCAUUUCCAUAAAACAUGGAGACGAAAUCUAUAUCGCUCCAUCGGGGGUCCAAAAGGAAAGAAUAAAACCCGAAGAUAUGUUCGUCCAAGACAUAAACGGAAAGGACAUAGCUGCCCCACCACCUGAAAAAAAAUUCAAAAAAUCACAGUGCACUCCACUUUUCAUGUGUGCUUACACAUCCCGCAAUGCUGGGGCUGUAAUUCACACUCACUCAAAAUUCGCUGUUAUGGCAACCCUUUUGUGGCCUGGCAAAGAAUUUCGAGUCACUCACUUAGAGAUGAUUAAAGGAAUAAGAAAUCAAAAAUUGGGAAGAGCCUAUCGAUACGACGAGGAACUAGUUGUUCCCAUAAUUGAGAACACUCCAUUCGAGCAGGACCUUAAGGACAGAAUGGCAGAGGUAAUGGAACAAUAUCCGGAGACAUGUGCAAUUCUAGUGAGAAGACACGGAGUUUACGUCUGGGGGGACACCUGGCAGCAGGCAAAAACAAUGAACGAGUGCUAUGACUACCUGUUCGAUAUCGCAGUGCAAAUGAAGAAGGCGGGGAUCAAUCCUUCUUUAAAACCCGAGGAGUACGAACUCAAAUUCCAAAGUGCCAGCAAAUAAUGAGUUUUAACAGAAUACAAAACACUCCACGAUAUCUUUAUUUUUUAUAUGGUACAACAUUGUCAGUAAAAAAAGUUAGAUGAAUCACGUGUCUAUGUCA